UUGUUCACCCUUAUCGCGUUAGCCUUGAAAGCAAUUAGCACUUUGGUGAAUUUUAAUAAAAAAAUAUGUGACGGGUCUUGAUAUUUGCUUAAUUUGAAUUUUAAAUUACCCACAAAAUAAAUAAAAUUCAAUAAUAAACAUUUGCACUAAAUAAACUUAGUUUAAAAAUGGAAAAAAUAAGCCUUGUGUUCAGUUUCGUAACUUUCUUUGCUUAUUUAAGAAAAGUAUUUUGACAUUCAGGUCAAAUAUUCCGGUUUUUGUAUUAAAUGUCACAAUUUUCAUAAUUCCGUUCACUUGUUAAUUUGGAUCAAAAAUUUAAUUUUAAAUUUGGCGCUCAAAUGUGGGCGGGAAAUUUAAAUUUUAACCCGAUUUUUUCACUUUUAACUCGAAAAAACAACAAAUCGUUUUGUCAACUAAUGUACCUACUUGACUUAACACAUGUCAAAACACUUGAAAAACAAUAGUCUACUUGAUGAUAAGCGAAUUACCAGAUAAUUUUUAUUUAAUUAAUUUAAUCUUAACAGUUUUUUUUAUCCCUCAACGGUAUAUUAUGGGCAUCAUGGGUUUCCUGGCCAUAGUCAAUGCUUAUACCAUGAGGGUGUCUUUGUCGGUUGCCAUUACCGAAAUGGUACUACCCCCAAAUACCACCCAGGAGUACAACUCAGAUGGUUGUCCAUCGGACGAUAGCACAAACACGCCGACUGUCAAAGACCCUGACAAGCUUUACGAUUGGAGCGAGUCGACCCAAGGUUUAAUUUUGAGUUCGUUUUACUGGGGGUACCUAAUCACCCAUCUCCCUGGUGGUAUCCUUGCGGAAAAAUUUGGCGGGAGGUAUACCCUCGGUCUUGGUAUUCUCUCAACUGCCUUUUUUACCCUAAUCACCCCAUUGGUCAUCCACGCCAGCGGUGGAAAUUGGGUCGUUUUAGUGGUCCUACGAAUGGUUGAAGGUUUGGGUGAGGGUACCACAUACCCAGCUUUGAAUACUCUUCUCGCCAAGUGGGUACCACUCAACGAACGGGCCAAAAUGGGUUCUUUGGUGUAUGCUGGUGGGCAAAUCGGUACCAUCAUCAGUAAUUUCAUCAGUGGUUGGCUUAUCAAAACGACCGAGGAUUGGUCAAGUGUGUUUUACUUGUUUGGAGGUUUGGGUAUUUUAUGGGUUGUUGUGUGGUUCCUAUUGUGCUACUCUGACCCACAAUCGCACCCAUUUAUCAAAGAGAGCGAGUUGAAGUACUUGCAAACCGAGCUCUCGGGGGUCACUAAUGAGAAAAAAACGAUACCAUGGACCGCCAUUUUGACUUCUGUGCCUUUAUGGGCGCUGGUAGCGGCACAAAUUGGCCACGAUUGGGGGUUUUAUACCAUGGUCACCGAUUUGCCCAAAUAUAUGAAAGACGUACUCAAGUUUAAGGUUGACGAAAAUGGGCUAUGGUCCAGUUUACCAUACGCCGUCAUGUGGGUAGUUUCGAUGAUCAGUGGGUUCCUUUGCGAUUGGUUGAUUAGAAAAAAAAUUAUGGGUUUGACGUUUGCGAGGAAAUUUUUCACAGUUGUUGCCUCCAUUGGACCGGCCAUUUUUAUUAUUAUAGCCUCAUAUGUGGGUUGCGAUCGCAUGACGGCGGUUUACAUGUUUACCAUCGGAAUGGGUUUCAUGGGUACUUACUAUUGUGGCAUGAAAGUGAACGCUUUGGACUUAUCACCGAAUUUCGCUGGUACUCUCAUGGCUAUCACUAAUGGAAUUGGGGCCAUUACCGGUAUUAUCACCCCCUAUCUUACCGGCGCUUUGACGGAAAAUCACACUAUGGACGAAUGGAGGAUUGUUAUGUGGAUUUCUUUCACCAUUUUUGCAGUCUCCAGUGUGAUCUAUUCUAUAUUUGGAAGCGCAACACUACAAUGGUGGAACGAACCCAAUGCUACUUGUGUCGAGAGUGGCAAAAAGGUUAUUAAUAGUGAUGGACCAUUGGGUGGACGCAAAGAUAAUCCCAGUGAUUUUACCACGAUCCUUUACUGGACACCACUGACUUAUGAUGCUGAUCAAAUUGCCGUUGACUGCCUUAAAAACGAUGGGUGUGACUCUCAGGAAUGUCAAGAUUUUUGUCAAAAUUGUAAAAUGGAACACGAGCUACAAUCGCGGAAGGUUUGUUUAAUCCCUCAACGCUACGUCACUGCGCUUAUAACCAUGUGUGCCCUCACCACCGUCUACAACUUGCGUAUUUCUGUCCCAGUGGCUUACACCCAUAUGGUGGUACAAGCCAACGCCACCAAACGCAACAUCAGUCAAUGUCCAGACCCAUUGGGUAACAGUGGUUCCAUGUUUCGUAUUCAAGAUGUUACGUUUCCUUGGACUUCAUUUCAGCGAAAACUAACAAAAAAUUGUUUUUUCGCGGGGUACCUCAUCGGGCAUUUUCCUGGUGGGGUGAUAUCGGAUAAGUAUGGUGGCAAACACGUAAUGAGUGUUGCUAUUUUGAUGUCAUCUGUUAUCACACUGGUCACACCCACUCUUUAUAAAAUAAUCAACGGCGAGGUAAUCACAGUUUCGAUAAUGAGGAUCUUGAUGGGGAUUAGCAUUGGGUUGAUAUUCCCAAGUGCCCAUAGUAUAAUAAGUCAGUGGUGCCCAGCGAGGGAUCGUGGUAAAAUCACUGGGAUUAUCUUUGCGUCCACCCAAUGGUCCACUACUAUCAAUAGUCUAGUGACCAAUAAUUUGAUCAUUGCUUUGGACACCUGGUCGGCUAGUUUCUACUUCUAUGGGUGCAUGGGUAUGGUACUACUUCUAUUUUGGCACCUCUUUGUCUCCUCGUGUCCCCAAAAAAGCCACUACUUGGACCAAGAAGAAUAUUUCUACUUGAGCAAAGAGAUGGCUGGGCAUGUACAGUUUGGCCCUAAACCAUUCCCUUGGAGACCCAUGCUCACAAGCCUUCCAUUAUGGUCGUUGGUUAUAGCCCAAAUCGGACACACGUGGAUUUGGCAUGCGAUGGUUAAAGAGCUCCCAACCUACCUCAAAGAUGUCCUCAAAGUUAACGUCUUGAAAAGCGACCUCAUGUCAUCCCUUCCAUAUGCCGUCAUGAGUCUAACGACCAUUUUCACGGGUUAUGUCUCCGACUACUUGAUUAAUCACAAAAUCAUUCAAGCUACCACGUUACGAAAAGCCCUCACCACCGUGGGAGCCAUGGGUCCGGGCAUUUUUGUCGUAGCUGCAGGUUACGAAGGUUACAUCAGUUGUAACAAAGAAGUGGCUAUUAUGAUUUUUACAUUUGCUUUGUGUACCAUGAGUUGUUACUAUGCCGGAACGAGAGUCAAUUGUUUUGAUUUGGCGCCCAACUACAGUGGGUUUAUUAUGGGACUGGCCAAUGGGCUUGGGGCACUGCCAGGGAUUAUAGCACCUGUGGUUGCAGAUAAUUUUACCAAAAAAGAAAGUGUCUACGGGUGGAUGUACGUUUUUUGGAUACAUUUAUGUGUUUUGGCUUUCACUAAUAUUUUUUUUGUGUUUUUUGGGUCGGCGGAAGAACAACCAUGGAAUUGGGAGGUUGGUAAUGAAGACAGUUAUUCGGACUAUAGCCGGGAAAGUGUCGUUCGAAGUGAAUAAAGAAAGUGUCCAAAAA